AUGGAACAUCAUAAUUCCGUAUCUUCAAUCUAUUCUGCUUUGGAAGACGUCCCUCUCAUUUUAGCACCACAAUUUUCCACAUUAAAACCAAAAAAAAUUGAUUUUAAUCUUGAACGACGCAUUGUUGCCGAAACUGAAAGAUUUCGACAAGAAAAUGAUAGGAUUGCACAAAUACGAGCACAAAAAUUGCAGGCUCUUAGGGAGGAAAGAAUUCGUAAACAAAAAGAGGAGGCAAGGAAAAUAGCACCAGGGUUUCUGGAUACAGAUCAAAGGAUUUUAACACCUACAUUAAUGUAUUCUUCAUCUCGACGAACUAAUCAACAAUUAGAGAAUGUUAAUAAUGUAUUAUUAUUCCCUAGUGGAGGGAAUAAGACUGAUGUUGAAAAUAAAAUACAUACACGCUCCAUAUCAGAUGAGAUGCCUACUCACGUUGUAGAAAGAAUGAAGUUGACAAAAGAUGAAGAUGGAAAUGAGGAAUCAAGUAAUUCUUGGAAUUCAUCAAAUUCAAUCAAGGAUGAUAUUUCAAUAUUAAUUGGAUCAACACAAUCAUUAAAUGUCAUUUCAUCAAUCACCUUUAUUACAACCUUUCCACCACUUCCACAAAAUUUAGUUAAUAUGCAUAUUUCACCUCCGAAUACUUAUAAUAUAGUAUCAGCUUUAAAUUCAAUGAAUAUACAACAGCAACAACAACUUAGAACAUAUUCUACUCCACCAUUACCACAUAAUGUUCAUGAACGUAGAUCAUCAUCAUCACAACAACAUAUUGUCCCUUCUCCCCCACUACCUAUUAAACCUCCUAAGGAAGUGAUUUCAUCAUCCACAACUAUUCCAACUACAAAUCCUUCUCCUCAUAUAAGAGAGGUAAGCGAGGUAAAUGAGGUAAGUGAAUUAGUUAAACAAUUUAUAAAUAUGGGAUUUACCAAAUCUCAAGCUACUGAUGCGUUGGAGAAAUAUAAUAAUGAUCUUCAAAAGGCAUCAAAUUAUUUAUUAGAUAUGCAAUAA